AUGGCCUGGCGGCAUCUCUCCGAUUGUCCUAAUCUCAUCAUUCUAGGUGGCACCCAAUCACCUCGAUUACCAAUAAUUUCCUUUGUUGUACGCCAUGUAUACAAGUCUUCAACUUCUCCCGACACUGCAGUUCGCUUUUUCCCGCCUCGUCAACAAGACAUAAGACUGACUGAGCCAGAAUCAUUCCCUGUCGCUGAAGGAGGAGAGGCUUCGUGCAAAACUUUUGAACACGUCUAUUUUUUGCAUCACAACUUUGUGGCUACACUUCUAAAUGAUAUGUUUGGUGUUCAGGCACGUGCAGGAUGCGCUUGUGCGGGUCCGUAUGCUAUGGAUCUAUUGGGGAUCGAUGAGCAACUAGCACAGCUGUACGAAGAAGCCCUUGUCGGCUGGUUAGUUUCUAACUAG